CUGCACAACAUCAAAAACCCAAUUGGUACCUACACAACCAACAUCUACAAGGGCCACCACAGUAGGGCUUGAACAUUUCAUCCCAAUUUCGAAGGGACAAGAACUUGGGUUCAAUAGACGAGACGAAACGGGCGGACCGCAAAACCUUGAUCGCCAUUCUUCCAGCUUGUCCGCCUCAACCUACAAGCAUCUUCGCAGCAUCCACGAGCAAGGUCUUUCGGUCUGCAACUCCACAACUAUCUUUUUUCCUCCCUGGUAUGGGAUACGCUUAUGCUACCCACUCAUAAAUUCUUAACAAACCGGUACAUCGACUGCACCGUCCCGAGAGCAGCCAGCUAUUGCUUGCUUCGACUUGGCCAGCGUUUAUCCUGACAGCACCACCAAUUUGGUAGACUGGGUCUAUAACAAGAAAAGAGCACCUCUUGUGAAACGGAUCAGCGCCGAGUUAAAUGGACAUAUCUCGUGGCAUAUCCAUGCCCAUUAACAACGCUCCUUCAGCAUCAUCAUAACAACGGCUCCACGCGCUCGCAUCACCACCACCCAUUUUCGUCCGUCGCUCCUUUUCCCCCAGUACCCUCGUAUCACUCAAAUCAAGCCUCGAGAAUCAGUAGGCAGACCGCCUUUGCAGAUCUCCUGCUCCUUUUGGUUUUCGCUCACGGCACCUCACAACAUCGGCCUGCCGUUUAAAAAAAAAAAAAAUACCAAACGACUAGCUGCACGCCCACCCUGCUCAUAGAGAGAGGACCCUAGCCUGAUUGUUCCCCCCCUCUGUCCUGUCAACCACUUCUGUCACCACCCUUCUUCCUUUUACAUCCCAUCAUCACCCACGGUCCACCCCUGGUUAUUUUCCUUCGUGGACCCCAGGCCCGCCCCUUUACUACCAUAGGUCGGCAUCGAGAUAGGACAUCUCACUGCCGAUCAGUUUUUGCUUGGAGCUUGUCAGAAGGCACAAAGGGUCCCCACCUGUCCCGCUGACCACAGAGGGUCGACAACGUUUUAAAGCGGAACAGUCAGUCAGUGACAUCCACCGGAACUGGCCAACCCUGCCCUGCUCGCGGAGGGUUGCAGCGCUACUCCAGCAUACAUCCCAUCCACCACAUAUUGCCGUUGUCUUGGUGCCCUUCGCAAAGACUUAAGGAUCGCUGAUCCCGCCGACCACAUACGCGGAUCUCCUUCCAGCCCUUGCCCUUCAUCAACCCAAAGGACGCUACUAAACCGACCAUCUCUUGUCUCACGCUCUUUUGCAUCUGAUCAGCGUCCACAAAGCUUCUAGAUCCAGGAGCUAUUCAUCGUCAUCACCACUGCAGCAGACAUCUCGCUGGCAUCUAGACCGCCUCUGCGCUCCUGAAGCCGAACACACUGGGCCCCCCCAUCCAUCCUCUGGUAUACAAUACACAACCGGUAGCACGAAACCUCGACGAGUAACACAUACAGACCACCAUGACGAUGACGUUAGACAGCAACCCCCAACGCUUCGGCUCCCUCAACUACGACCCUUACUCCCCUCAUCAACCUCAGUUCACCAACCCAUGGGCAGCACCGCCCACGUCUGGUGUAAAUGCCUCGAGCAGUAUCUACUCCGGAAGCUCACAGGGUGGCCUGAACCCAAACCCACUUAGCCUCGACAGCUUGACGAAGCACUCUCACCAGCCUCCGGUGCCGCAGCAUGUCAACCGUAGCAGCGCCGGUAGCGCAACCUCACUGGCAUCGUAUGGAUCGGUGCCAGUCCCAUCGUCUUCUGCCAAUAGCCCACACAGUAUGGCCCACCUUGCCGCCCACUCAUCAACGGGACAACAAGACUUACUUUCAUCAUCUCAAGAUCUCCUUAGCCUCGGCCGUCUGGCCCCUGUGAACAGCCUUCCGUCUACGACGGGAUACGCAGAAACUCCAUACACAACCGCCGCACCAAUCCACCCAUCAUACGUCGCUACCUCGCAGGCACCAUACGAGAGCCUUGGCCGCUAUGCGCACUCUAUGCAACACAGCAUGGCCAUUCCCAGCGAGGCAGACCACGCGGCGCGCAGGUAUUCUCAAUCACUCCACCAAGACGAGAGGACUCGCUUUGCAGAUGCCUUGGAAGCUAGCCAGGGUAUGCUGUCGAUGAGCCAAGAGACACCCCGUAACAUCUAUGGCCCCAAUGCGACGACGCGUGCUCGCAGCUCAGCCGAUUCGUAUGGCUUUCCCUCGACGCAUUCGAACUCGAGCAGCGUUUCCUCGACUAGUGGUUUCGGGUACUACGGUGGAUCCAUUGACUCGAGCGUUAGCGACUAUUCUACCGCCGGGUCAGACGUUGAGUCAUUAGCUAGUAGGACGCUCCCUAGGCCCCAAGGCCUGAUGACCAGCCAUGUGCCUCCGGCGCCCUCGACCAUGAUGGGUCAAUUCAGCUCCAAGGUGUCAAACAGCUCGCAAAAGAAGCACAAGUGCAAGGUUUGCGAUAAGCGCUUCACAAGGCCAAGCUCACUUCAAACACAUAUGUACAGCCACACAGGCGAAAAGCCCUUCCAAUGCGAGGUUGAAGGUUGCGGCCGUCACUUUUCUGUCGUCUCCAAUCUUCGGAGACAUCGCAAGGUACACAAGGGUGACGCAAGGUCCGAGGCUGGUUCCGAGGACCAUCACUCUGACUAAAACUUCAAGCCUUGGUCACAACAAGAUGUUGCCCGCACGUCACGGCCAACGACGAACCGAAACGACAUAGACCUUCGAAUUUUGCAACUGUUUUCUCGCAACGGGGGGGCACCUCGAGUGUCCCCGGUAUAGACUGGCCACGGCCUUACACACUCGCUACAACAUUUAAUUCACGUCUAUCACUACUAAUCACUUUUAUGCUUUUACUUAUUUUUACCCCUUAUUAUAUUUUGUUGACACAAAAUUCCUGCGUCACACUCGAUCUCGAAACACGACCUGCCACGAAGGUGGGAACAGGCUGAAGCGAUGCCUCAGUGUAUAUCAACAAAGCGUCACUUUUCCUGUCCAAGGGCGGGUUGGACCAGGAGUCGGAAAAUGUCUUCACGUGUACAAAAAAAGAUGGACUGGAUGUUUUCGAGGCAUUGCGCCCGUGGGCUCUCGCUGCUCACGCUCCUUCCUGUCAAUCGCUUUUCCUGUUACGAUGUUUCUUCUCCGCGUUUUCUGUCGAUUUUUCCUGUUGUUCGGAUACCCACUCAGUUUUGUUCUGAGCCGACGGUUUAUCUUUCUCUGGUCUCAAGCUCUUGGUUUCUACCACUGCGAGCCUUGCAAGAAGACGGCAACUUGGGACUCAAAAAGGCGUUUAUGUGGCGUUGAUGGUUUGCGUUUUCUGUCUGCGGGUUUCUUGGGUCAGGCGUUCAUGGGGUACCUAGGCGGCCAAGAGCCAGUCGACGGUGCGCUUUUUUUGUCUUGUUUUUUUUUUUUUUAAGGGGGUCCCACCUGUCCUGCUUGGCCAGGUUCAAGAGGCUCUCAUCGCGUGCGAUUUGGGUUUGUUUCCACUUAUGUCUUGUUGUUUUUCUUGCAAACAAAAAAAAACCCACUCACUAUAGGGUACAUCAGUCUCUCGUUGCAACGAUCAGAUGGAACCACUAGCGCUCGCUUAUAACUUCUAAUGGCUCCGAAACUUUGCGGGGCUUUUUUCUUCAAUAUUCUACACACUCGCUCGGCGAGGUUGGGAAUAAUAUUGUACUAUCACCAUCAGCAGGCAAACCCAUGAAGAACCGCCUAAACAAAAAUGCUCAUUAUACCCGCCUACCACUACAACCUUAUUACUUAGUUUUGUUUAGAUAGCUGGAGAAGAUUGACAUCUUCUCAAGAGACAGAAUAGAUCAAAACAAUUUUUCUCAAUCGCAUUUUGCAAGAGUUUGUGACCAAAAAAUAAACAAAUAAAUAAACCCCGUCAUCACAGCCAUCUUUCCCUGACGAUAUAUUUAGCACAUGUUAAAAAAAGGGAAAUUGUCGAUCAUUUGCAAGAGGGGAUCUGCAAAGGUACUAAGCAGCGGCGCUCGGCUGUGAAAGUUGCAAGAACAAAAAAAAAAAGCCUUGCCGCACCGUUCGUUGACCAUUUGCGACAAGGACGGACGCGAUCUCGGGAAGGGGGCGAGUUAAUUCACUCGACACAGAUGAUUCACCCCGCCGGC